AGCAUUUAAAGCAUUUGAGGUUGCCCUCGCCAUUCUCGACACUUUGAUUGUUCAUGCAAACAGAUCCUUGAUUUUCAGCGUGCUAUUUUCGGCAAUAUAUUGCUAGAUAAAGUUGUAUUUUGCACUAAAUAAAUUGAUAAUAUAAAAAUUUGAGAUUUGUACGAACUUACUAUCCUUCAACAUUUUCUUUAGCUUGCAUCGAGGAAAUCUAAAUCUAAUACUCGUCACGUAAUUUAAUAAAGAACUUACCAAUUUUACAUGAAGAAUAAGAUAAAGUUUUUCUAAGUUGAAGUCAUUUAGUGGCGUCCACCGGAAGGAUCAAUUCGUUCUCGGGUCAAUUUUUUGCAUUGUUAAGUUUUUAUAUUCUUAAAAACAUCGUGCUAAAAUCGGGGCAACUUGGAAAUUUUUCAUAUUAAAUUUUCAGUAAAAAUGUAGCAUUUAAAGCGUUUGAGGUAGCCCUAGCCAUUCUCGACACAUUGAUUGUUCAUGCACACAUAUCUCUAAUUUUUUGCAUAUUAAUUUUGGCAAUUCAUUGCAAGACAGUUUAUUUAGACACUAAAGAAAUUGCUGAUACAAAAAUUUUAUAUUUGCACACACAAACUAUCGUACAACAUUUUCUUUGGUUUAUAUUGAGGAAACCUAAAUCAAAGGCUUGUCACAUAAUUAAAAAAAAAAAAGAACUUAUGAAUUUGACAUGAAGAACAAAGUAAAGUUUUCGUAUUUUUUUUUUUUGGUGCAGGGUGCGGGGGAAUCAAUUCGUCCUCAGGGUGAGGGGGUAUCACUUCGUCGUCAGGGUGCGGGGGGAUCAAUUCGUCCUCAGAGUGCGGGGGUAUCACUUCGUCGUCAGGGUGCGGGGGUAUCGAUUCGUCCUCAGGGUGCGGGGGUAUCACUUCGUCGUCUGGGUGCGGGGGUAUCAAUUCGUCCUCAGGGUGCGGGUGUAUCACUUCGUCGUCAGAGAGAGAUGGAAGAGUUGUGCGAGAUUGCGAGAGCUCAUUAUCACGCAGGUUCUCAAAAAGUUCGGGAUUUAGCACAUGAAUACUUCAAUUUUAUGGAUAGUGAUGGCGAUGGCCGGAUUGAUCUGCCUGAGUUCCUAGCAUUCGUGAGACAGAAAGGCCAUUACCGGAUGCAAAAUCAUUACUUUUUUAGGGAGUUAGAUAGAGAUGGGAAUGGCUCACUGGAUUUCUGGGAGGUAAUGACUUUAUACUACAUCAUAAAAAGCGGAAGGCCAUUUUGCGAUUCUUGUGCAAACUUUGUACCGGGAAUAUUUUUCUCGUGUGUGGAAUGCUCUUUCACCCUAUGCUGUGAUUGUUAUCGAUCUACUAAAUGUGAUCACAAUCACAAUGGUCGCACUCAGUUUUUGGACAACUACACAAUGCUCCAAGCCAAACAAUAUUCAUCACAGGCAACACAGAUUAAUCCUUACACGCAAACUUACAGUUCACACUAUGUACAUAAUCCAAAUCCAAGUCCUAGUGCUUCAACAGAAAUUGUUCCAGCAUAUGAAGUGAAAAAAUGGAAUGUUGCAUUUAAAGCAUUUGAGGCAGCCAUGGCCAUUGGAAAUAUCGCUGGCACACUGUGUACAAUCUUAUGAAACCAUAUUCUGCUUCAGUAAAUGCAAUGGCGGAACAUAUAUUUCCGACAAGGGUUGGAGGAUCUAGAUUCAUGCUGCUUUAAGGGGCUUUGAAGUGUUUGUAUCUAUUACUUUUCUUUUUUUUUCUUUGGCUGGUGACUCUGUGCAGGGGCGGAUCUAGCUAUUGGCCAGCUAGGGCGGCCGCC